AUGAACAACGAAUGGGAGGAGACUGACCCGAAUGAUCCAACUUGGGAGGAUGACGAGGGCUCGUUAGUCUUCAACCGCUUGCAGAGGAACCAUGAAUACUUCAAACCGCGACAGCAUGUCGGGUACACAGAAGAAGCUGAAAGAGAUUUCCGCCUGUCCUACCGGCCAGCGGAAGCUGCGGAGCAUUCAAAGUUCAUCCCAAAAAUCGCACUCGCGCUGCUUUCAAGAGAAAAGUUACCUCCGACUGUCGGGAAGUUCAACGAAUUGACUGAUCCGGAUGAUCACGUCAGAACUUUAACUAGCGUAGGUUGCAUGGGAGGUUGGAACAUGCCUAUGUGGUGGCAUUUGUUUAUUCAAACCCUUACCGGGGCUGCUCGCGCCUGGUUUGACAGCCUUCCAACAGGGAAGAUUAAAUCAUGGGUAGAUUUCAAGACUCAGUUUUUAAGCUACUUCAGCCAACAACGACGCUACCAGCGCGACACAGCUGAAGUAGAAGACAUCUGGCGAAGAGAUGGCGAAGGUCUGGAAGAUUUCAUCACCCGUUUUAACAAAGAAUGUUUGGAGAUAGGCGGCGUAAGCGAACAACUCAUGCGUUGUCACUUCAAGAAAGCCAUUCGUUGUGAUAGUCUCAUCAGAACUAUCACGGGCAAAGACGGAAUGCCAAAAGAAUGGGAUAAACUCAUAGUGAACACGCGCGACAACAAAAGGCGCAACAAAUACAAGGGUAACGAUUGUAAAUCUGGGAGAUCAAGGGGCCAUGAUGAAAGGCCGCGCUAUAGAGAAGACGUGCGUGAAACAAUCGACAGAAUCGGUUACAGGAAAGCAGUCAAGGAUGAUAAUCGUGAUAAGCACUGGACCCCGCUCAUCAAAACGCCAAAAGAGGUGUUAAUGACGGAGAACCACGAUUUCAAGGCUCCCAGGCCUAUGACAAACAAGAAGGGGCAAGACCCCAACUUGUACUGUGACUUCCAUAAAGACUCAGGGCACCUGACAGAUGACUGCUAUAGUCUGCGCCAAGAAAUUGAGAAAGCGCUAAAAAGCGGAAAGCUAAGUCACUUGGUGAAGAACGUGCGCAAAGAAACUCGUCAGCUCCAUCGCCACGAUGAGGGAAAUCACAAGAAAGUCCGACGCUUGGAGACCCACAUGGUCAACGGACCAAGAUACAGUGCAAAAGAGAAAGGCAAGCGCCCCUACGAGCCUUCAUGGCAAGAGCAGCAGGUUAUUUUCCCGUUAGUGCGCGGCGGUCCUCGCGCCACACGACCCAUCGUCAUUACCGGCAUUAUCGGCCACUAUGAAACGGAAUACGUAUUUAUUGAUCCAGGAAGUACGGCUGACAUCAUCUACGAACAGUGCUUUAACCAGUUUGAUGAAGAGGACAAAGCGAGACUCGAGCCAGUUGAUUAUCCUCUGUCCGGAUUUUGCAACGAGAUGGUUUUCCCACUUGGUCAGAUCAGCUUCCCCAUCACGCUCUCUGACGGGAAGCAUUCAAGAACAAAAAGCGUAAAUUUCAUGGUGAUGCCUGUCAAAUCGAGGCAUGAUGUAUUGAUUGGGAGGGAAACCCAAGGCGAGCUGAGGUGA